AAAGACGCCUAGUACAAGUCGAGCUUGAGGUUGCUGCACUUGAGGUGGCUUGGUGUCGAAGUAGAAGCGUGGUCAACGCUCGAUUUCCUUUGCUGGAAGAAAGAAUUUCACUCUCUUUUGACAAUAUGUAAACAGAUACAGAAUGGAAGAAAACAGCCACAAAGUGAAAUUCCUCAAGCAAAGAUUCGAUGUAAAAGUACAACCUGUUUGACGAAGCACGCUAGCGUACGACUCUGCGAUUUGCUCGUCUCGCGGAAAUGAAAAUAAACGAGUGUAUGAUGUGAAACCGAAAGACAGAGACCCCAUCUUCAAGAACAAUUGGAGCCAUCUUUAGUGCCUUCGUCCAUCUGGUGUUUUUUCCGCGUUCCGACGUUCGCACACCUCCAAUAAGUAAGUACUACAACCACCGUAGUCACAACAUCUUCUCUCACGACGAGCUGGACCAACAGAAAGUCUCCUUCGCGGCAGCAGCGAAGAAGAUGACACAACGAGCCAUGACACGGUGAGGAGUAGAAGCGGCACUUCUCUUUGUCAAGGACCAGUACUAUCCGUUGUGGUUCUGACGCCUGAUAAAGGGAAGCAAGCUAGAGCACUAGUAGUUGCAAGCGUCGCCGGAACAACGAAGUAGAGAACCACAAUCCGGAGGAGGAAGCCGAAACUACAAGCGUAUCAAGAACUGCCGGGAGCGAGCGCAGGGACACGACUGAACUUCAGAAGUUGCUGUACACGAGCAACGCCUUCAUCUACUUCUCGCGUGAUUCAAUUUCCGUCGGGGACGAAGAUCACUCGAGGACACAGCACAGCUAGAAGCCGAAGUGACGACCGUACCAGAAGUGAAAUAAAACUACGCCCAGCAAAAUCAUGAAGUCCCAAGGUACGAUAGACCUGGACGCGGAGAUUCCGCCCGCGGAGCUGCAGAAAAAGCUCCGCGAAGCGGGUAAGAAUGCGAGCGUCAACCAGGGAAAGGUGAAUCGGUUGCAGGCCACGGUAAGCGGCAUGCGGGGGAAAAAGGACAUCUAUGAGGAGCAGAUUCGCAUCAUGAACAAACAGUUGGCCGAAAAGACUGCGGAACUAACAAAGCUGGAAAAACUGUAUAAAUAAAUAGAAUGUUGUUCCACCUGUGUGCAUCAAUGUGAUGUAUGUCUGAAGAUAAUCAUCAUGUUGUUGGAAUAAAGAAGUACGCUUUCAAAAUCAAAUUUUCGAAAAUAGGUACGGCGAAACGAAGUCGCGACUGGACUUCAACACGAAGAAAGCGGACAACCUGAGGACACAGUUGGCAGAGUGCUCUCGUGUUUUCUCCUCCGCAGUCGACCUCACAAGAAACACGGCAUUGAAGAGCUCGUACGGGAUGAUUUUAGUUCUCGGUUUGUUACGAUAUAGGCCGUAGUGGUAGUACCUGAUCUCGUUAUAUUGACGAAGUGAUGUUCAUCUUGUUCUUUCUUUCGCCGGGUUGGAGUUGAAGUUGUGGUUGUUCAUUACAUUUUCCUUCAAAUAAAUCCAUACGUGAAUUUCCUUCAGGGCCACAACGAAGUACAUCAAUGGCCAGUACACCACCGGGGAGAUGGAGAGUCUGCGCGGAUACAGCUGUAAGAUCGGGUCUACUUUUUCCCCGCGCAAAAACAAGACCAGCCUAGGUGGUGGCGGAAUGAAGUAGUAAAAUGCAAAUUUCGUUCGCGCUACUUACGGCGCAAGUAGGCGGGCUUUAUUGCAGCAAAUGUACGAUGGGAGCAAGUCUACGCACCGCACCGAUCAUUGAUGGAAAUUUCAAAAUUAAAGUGUUGUCCACCGCGGGAACGACAUCGGAUUUAAGCAACAAAUCUGAUUGCAAAAGUCCCGCUGUCUCAAUGUCAAUGCCAGUAGUCCGAGAAGGCGGACGAGACAAAAAACUACAGGAACAAAAUGAACCACAGUAGAGGUGGCUGAAGAUUAUUCGAAAAAGCCACAAAGCGGAUGGCGC